GUGUGUGUGUGUGUGUGUGUGUACUGUAUGUGUGUGUGUGUGUGUGAUGACUUUAUUAUAGUGCUGUAUGAUGGAUGGAGCGAGUGUUUUCAUCACCGUUCAGAAGGUGUACUACCCGCUGCUGUGCAUUCUGGGUAUUCCAGCCAACCUCUUCACCUUAUACAUGCUAUGCUGGCGUGUGUGUGGCAUGUCAGACUCGGCACGUGUGUACCUAAGCUUCCUGGCGGUGGCGGACACGUGCUACCUGCUGUGGGUGACGCUGCUGGACCUGAGCCUGGUGUUCCUGCAGCCGCAGCCGUUUUGGCACGCUCACCCGUGGUGCGGUGUCCUCAACUUCCUGCAGUUCGGCAUGUUCUACGCCUCGGCCUGGCUCGUCGUGGCCUUCACCAUCGAGCGCUACCUGGUGUUCAGAGUGAUGGUGAUCCGACAGCGCCACCUGCAGGUCAGACACGCCAUCCUCACUUGCACCGCCAUCAUCCUGCUCUCACAUCUGGCCUCCAUCCCUCUCAGCUGGAUCAACACUGUGGUGCAGGUGAAUCUGACCCGGAAUGGACAGAUGGUUACAGUUCCACGUUGUCUUUACCGAGACGCCUUAUACUCCACGGUGGUUGUCUGGGUGACGUCCUUCCUGUCCAGCGGAGUUCCCAUCGUCCUCGUCAUCAUCUUUAACUCUCUCAUCGCGUACCAUCUGCUCGGCUCCGGUCGUCUCUUCACUAAAGAGGAGCGCCAGACGAUCCGGGCUUCUCGGACCCGAGGCUCCGCCCGCAGGACGCUGCUGCUGCUCGGGAUCGUCUCGGUUGCGUUUGUGGUGCUCAGUUUGCCGCGUUUCAUCACCUACUGCAUCCUGCGCACUAAACACAACCACAGACACUACAACCGAGAUGACUACACUAUCACCAUCAAUGUCAUGGGCGAUGUGGCCAACAUGCUGCACAACCUCAACUCUGGCACCAACUUCCUCCUGUACUGUGUGGUGAGCCGCAGGUUCCGGCACGAGAUCGGCAACACGUUUCGGGGCCGAGUCCGAGCCCGAGAAUUCGGUUCCUUAUUCACACAAACAACCAUGAAGAUCUUCUCUGUGGCUGAACGUAGAGAAGCAUCAGUCCAAGACCCCGUUUCCAUCGUCCUAACCAAACUGAGACACUUGGAGGUUCCGGCAGUUCAGAACAGCAGGAACUCGGAUGGUUCCAACGCCUUCUGGACCCUGAGACACUUCUGAAGAUGGGUGUGAAUUUAUACACCAAACUAAAACAACUCGGAACAAACAUCUUUCUCCUGAAACUGUUCAAUAAAACAAACCAAAAAUCAAGAGAACAGAAAUGGUUUAUUUCUUCACUUUGUUCAGUUAAGGAAAACCUUCCCAUGUGAUGAGCUCCGAUUUAAACUCACACUCAUCUGUAAUUGUAGCAUCAUUAGCUUUAAACAUAAUCUUUUGUAAGAUAAUAGUUUAAAAUAUUGUUUAUUCUUUUACAUUAUAAACUUUUUUGUUUGGUACAUUUUAGUGCUGCACGAUUAAUCAUAUCGCACUCGCAAUCGCGAUAUCAAGCC